GUGAUGGUUUGAACGCAUCGACUGUAAUGUACUAUGCAAUUAUACUCAUAGCAGCGUUAUCAGUCCGAGAACCAAUGAUACCCAUUUCAUCUAUUCGAGGCGAGACUGACGAAGAGACGAAGGAAAAGAUGACGGAGGUGUUGAAAAUGAGGAGAAGCUGGUGUGGGAAGGGCCCUGGCAGACGCCUGCGCGAUCUUUUGGUUCUGAUGCGAGCUGUGAAUUGCAGUGAAGCUGAAAAGAUGAGUCCAGCGGCAUGUUCAAAGUUAGGUCUUAGGCAUAAAGCCAUGUUAGAAAUCCGUCGACUUCGAAGGCAGCUCACCCACAUAGUAAACACAUCUUUCAAAGCGGCCGCUGAUGUCGUUUUUGACCCAAACCUUCCGCCUCCAUCAGACGCUCAAGCGCAAAUGUUAAGGCAAAUGAUGGUAGCUGAAAUAGAUGAUCGCAUCGCUAGACGUGUGGAUCGGUCCGCCGGUGAUGAAGAAGUGGCGAAAGGAGCAUACCAAACA